AGCAUUCAGUCCAGUUCCAGCAGGCGUUUCAGAGUGGUGAAGACAAAUUAUAAAAUGAAAUACAUUUUAGUUACUGGAGGUGUAAUAUCUGGCAUUGGCAAAGGAGUCAUUGCCUCAAGCUUGGGAACAAUCUUGAAACAUUGCGGUUUGCGGGUCACCUCCAUCAAAAUUGACCCCUACAUCAACAUAGAUGCCGGAACCUUUUCUCCUUAUGAACAUGGUGAAGUUUAUGUGUUGGAUGAUGGAGGAGAAGUGGAUCUUGAUCUGGGCAACUAUGAGCGCUUUUUGGACGUUACACUUCAUCGAGACAACAACAUCACAACUGGCAAGAUUUACUCUCAUGUCAUUGAGAAGGAAAGAAAGGGAGACUAUCUUGGUAAAACUGUUCAGGUGGUGCCGCAUAUAACGGAUGCAAUCCAGCAAUGGGUGGAGAGGGUUGCUCAAAAACCAGUGGACGGGAGUGACAGCUCUCCCCAAGUCUGCAUCAUUGAGCUUGGGGGCACUAUUGGUGAUAUAGAGGGUAUGCCGUUUGUUGAAGCUUUCAGGCAGUUCCAGUUUAGGGUCAAGCGUGAUAACUUUUGUUGCGUGCACGUGUCGCUCGUGCCUCAACCUUCAUGCACAGGGGAACAUAAAACAAAACCCACCCAAGCCGGCGUGAGGGAGCUAAGGGGCUUGGGAUUGUCUCCAGACUUCAUUGUUUGUAGAUCUGAGAAGCCCAUCAACGAGGCAGUGAAGCAAAAGAUCUCAAACUUUUGCCAUGUAGAGCCUCAACAGGUGAUCUGCCUUCAUGAUGCCCGCAGCAUCUAUGAGGUUCCUCUGAUGCUUGAGGAGCAAAAGCUUUCUGCUCUUCUCAUUUCACGCCUGAACCUCGGCUUGCCUUUAGUUCGCCCCCGAGGGUUCAUGAAGAAGUGGAAGCAGUUGGUUUCAAGACAAGAGAACCUCCGGCAAGAUGUGAGCAUCGCACUUGUUGGAAAAUACACCCAACUAUCAGAUGCCUAUGCUUCAGUCAUUAAGGCACUGGACCACGCAGCUCUCGCCUGCCAACGCCGACUUCGUCUAGUUUGCAUCGAGGCUGAAGAUUUGGAAGAUUCUGCCAAGACUGAACGGCCUGUCAAAUACCACGAAGCCUGGCAAAAUGUUUGCAAGAGCCAUGGGCUGCUUGUGCCGGGUGGGUUCGGCAAGCGUGGCUUGGAGGGCAAAGUGUUGGUGUGUCGGUGGGCUCGCCUCAACAAGAAGCCUUUCCUCGGAAUAUGCCUUGGACUUCAAGCUGAAGACCAUCCGUACUAUGUGGGAUGUCAGUACCAUCCUGAAUAUCUUACCAGGCCUUUAAAAGCGUCCCCUCCUUUCCUUGGCCUCAUAUUAGCCUCGAUUGGUAAACUGGACAACUACCUUAGGCGUUGUGAAUAA